CUGCUGCAACCCUUUCUUGAAACCAAACCAUGAAGCUCAAAAACAAAGGUAAAGUAUACCCUACGCCUUCUCCUUCUUCCUCCUCCGGCCAAGACCAUCUUUCCAUUUUAAACCUUCUUCCCCCCGCCAGUUUACUUCUUAUUUCUGUUCUUUCUCUCGACGACCGAGAAGUUCUGGCUUACAUGAUUACAAGGUCCCUCAAAACCACCACCAACAACAACAACCAUUCUUUUAUCUCUCGAGAUUCUUCUUCCAAGAAAGGAUCUUCCAAGAAACACCCAACACCGCCACCCGCCGCCGCCACCAAGUCGGCCCACAAGCCGCCGGUUUUCGAUUGCGAUUGCUUCGACUGUUACACCAGUUACUGGUUCCGGUGGGACUCUUCUCCCAACCGUGAGCUUAUCCAUCAAGCUAUUGAAUCUUUCGAAGAGCAUUUAACCAAUGGGGAAUCCCCGAAACCUUCCAAGAAAAGUGCGCGGCUCAAAAGAAGGUAUACCAACAGCGAAACAGUCACUCGAAUCCCCGAUAGCCCGGUCGUUGCUCUUCCGGGUCGGUCCGAACAAGAAGUUCCUGACUCGAAGGGUUCCGUCGAGGGAGCGCCGAUUAUCACCGAUGACGUCAUUUCUACGGAGAAGAAUGUUGGAGAAGAGUCAGCUGAAGUAGUGGAAAUGACCGAAGAUUUUCCAGUGCCGGAAGAAGCUGACGUUGAGGUACGAACGCCACCGACGAUCAGCAACCACAAUGGUCUGGUCAGGAAAGUAUUACCGGACAUAUUAGGAUUGUUCAAUUCUCGUUUAUGGGGCCUUUUGAAUCCAAAUGUGUAAUUUUCUAUUUUUUCUUAGAACAUUUCGAGA